ACGUUCAAAUCGGCCUCGAAUCCGUUGUUCCAAUUUGUCAAGCAACCACCGCACCAAAUUUCAUUCAAGGUUUCUUUUCAUUCAAUUGUUGGUGUUGUUUUUGCUCUUGGUUCAACGGCACGUUGGAUUUUGUGUUGUGGCAAAUUAUUGAUGACAAAUUCCAACGCAAUAAUUUCGACGAAUUGUGAGAGAAUUGCGAUUGAAUCGGAGAGACGGAGAGAAAGCGAGAGUGAAUUGCAAAUAUUACGCAGCUUGGAGCCGAUCGACUGACACACGAUAACAUGAAUAGCAUCGGAGAGAAUUGUAAUGAACUGAAGCGAGACUAUGAUGCAUGCUUCAAUUCAUGGUUCGCGGAGAAAUUCCUGCAUGGUAAUACCAAUGAUUCAGCAUGUGCACCUCUGUUCAGAGUCUAUCAACAGUGUGUAAAGGAGGCGAUACGAGACCAAAAAAUCGAUUUGAAGGAAAUCGAAACGGAUCACCUCGGCACCGAACGAGAGUAUCAAGUGCCUUCCGAAAAGAGCAAAGAUGACAAUAAAAAGACAAAGGGCUCCACAUCGAAAAGCUGAUCAAAUUCCAUUUCCACGUUGUACAUUUAAACCUUAGUUGUAUUAGCAAAAUCAAAUAAAUUGUUUACAUUCUUUCUUUUCUCCUUCAUGUUUAAAUGAAA